AUGAAUGGGCAAAAUCAAUAUUCUCUUCUUGACAUGAAAAACACAGAACUUUUAGAUUUUGAGGGUGGCCAAAUCAUUAGCAAAUAUGAAGAAGAUAUUAAAAAAAAUGAUCCUGUGAUCCUUGAAAAAUGUUCGAUUUUAACUGAUCGUGACUAUAAAGCCUUAGAACAAUUGGCUGAAAUAUAUAUAUCAACAUGGCCAUAA